GGUGUCCCACUUUAUUGAUUUUAAUUCCAUUAAUACCUUAUGACUGGCUGCUUGGCAGACUCUCCCAGCCCAGUGCCCAUGCAGGUCUGUUUUCAUAGUGGAUUCGACUGGACUUCCUUAUCGGCUGGCAGCAGGCAGGAAAGGGACCUGGAGACGGCAAAAGAUCCACCGCCCUGGCAGCCAGGCUGCAUGCUUGAAACAACAAGCUCCAGAUCAAAAAUGAUAAGCGCAUGUAUGAGACAUGCACUGUGUAUGAGAUCAUCUCUCAGUGUGUGUGCGUCUGAAAGAGAGAGACAGACGGUGUGUGUGUGUGUGUGUAUGGAUGUGGGAGGGGCGCUGCUUACUUUACUGGCACCUGGUGUGUGCACAUCAAAUCCAUUUCACUCAGAGCAAUCAACAGAUGCAUAUGAAUGAAUGCAAUCAGUCACACCAUUAUAUAUUUAGAUGAAUGCACUCAGCAUGUGACCGAAAUUUCCAGCCAUUAGGACUUUCCGUUUGUGCGUAAACUCAUUGCGCGCCAUUUUAAACUUGGCAUUACCAUUUUAUUUCUCAUAUCCAGGAUCAGAGACAGGGAGAUACCGCCGUCAGUGACCGUCUUGCCCUCGUGCUGCGUCCUUGUCAACUCGCGCUGGCUCCAGUAAUGUUGCCUAGCUUUCUGGUUGCGUGGAAACUAAAAGGCUGCACCGAGCGAGCCCUGAACUGUGGGAGCAUUUCCAGUGGCGCUUCGUGGCUGCCAGAGCGGCUCUCAGCACAAGUUUAACGAGCUGCUAGAAGACCCGAUGGAAACGAACCAAAAUAUUGGCAGAGUCUCCUUUUCGGGAGAGCUCUGAUCUGCUGGAUAAUCCUUUUUGUCAGGCACUUGUUGAGAAAUACAUCAUGAAAAGGAGAGGAAAAGCGACAAAUACGUUCAACAGCUACUGGGGAGGUUGAUUUGGAUUUCAGGUCCUGUGCCCAGGUAACCUGGAGCAUGCCCGUAUCCCAUGAUGCCCCUGCCUGCAGACUGGCUGCUGCGCCACUCAGUGAUCAUGUGUUUGCUGCUGCACAGCUUGGUGCUAAUGACCUUCUGCUUCCACCAUGCUGCCACUAGUUGCUCCAAGAGUUGUUACUGCUCUGAGAGCGAGAGCGGUGGAAAGACAGUGCGCUGCAGCAAUCUGCAGCUCACUGAGAUUCCCCAGGAUAUCCCCAAUGACACACGACGCAUCUACCUGGACUUCAACCUUUUCACCACAGUCCCAUCAAAUGCUUUUGCAGGUUUGUCCCACCUGGUUGAACUGGAUCUAUCACAUAAUGAAUUAAGCCAGUUAGAACCAGGGGCAUUCAGAGGCCUGGGCUCCUCACUACAGUUCCUAGACCUUUCCUCAAACAAGUUGGUAAACUUUAACCCUGACGCCUUUGAGGGCCUGCGGGCUCGCGCCAACCUAACAAACAAUCCAUGGCAUUGUGAUUGCAACUUGCAGAUGGCCUUGCCCCGUGUGGACCUGGAGCCUGCAUCGCUGACAGGCAUUGUGUGCCAGACUUCAGAUCCCGAGGAAAUAGGAGUUCAAGGACUUGCCUUCUUGUUGGCACCAGACAUAGACCUAUGUGUGGUGAUGAAGAGGACUACAGAUGUGGCCAUGCUGGUCGUCAUGUUUGGCUGGUUCACCAUGGUCAUCUCUUACCUUGUUUACUACGUCAGGGCUAAUCAGGAGGAUGCUCGCAGACAUCUGGAGUAUCUCAAGUCACUGCCCAGCAGACAAGGAAAGUCAGAGGAGUCGUCCACAAUUAGUACUGUGGUAUAGGGUAGAUGGAGCUACACAUGGGACCUGAAAUGCUAACCCACACUAAACAGGAUGGAAAUACAACCUGCAACUACAUAGCUCUCAUCAGUCUCAGAUGCCUUUUCCUAGCUGUUCUCACAGACUCAAGGUGGGCUAUAAGACAUAUGCCUGCACAAGAAAACCGGACCGAUGCAACCUAGCUCUGAUGAAUAAUUCAUCUUUCUGAGACCCAUUAGGAGUUUUUGUUGGCCGAGUUGAUGGUCUAGUCUGUGCGCUAAGGGAGAGAAUGUUUUUGGCAAACUCCAAAUGUGGUAUAUAAAUGGGAUUUAUCCAGUGGUGCAUGCACCUUGAUGCACCUCCCUCACACACACAUAGUUCAGAAAGCAACAACAGACAGUGACAUGAACAAUGGGAAAAGGCAAGACUAGAUUGAGAAACUCCAUGUACAACUGCUUUCCAUCACAACCCUAUGGUAUUCUCUGGUAUAUUACAAGUAAAAUUAUGUUUUCCAUUUAAA